AAAACUGCAGUGUUGCAAAUUGUGCAACACCUAGACAAUCCUAGGCGUGGGGUGGUGUCUCACCACUGUGCCUAGCCUAGGUGGCAGUGGAGCUAGGAGUUUGGCAUGAAAAGCCAAAGUGUUUCUCCCAGAUCUGAUGCUCUGAAGCAAUUAUGGAGGUUGGCUUAUCCUAAUAGGGAACUUCCAUCUCUAAAAUCAGAGCUCUGGAAGGAUAUGGGAUGGCAAGGUUCAGAUCCUUCAACAGAUCUUCGGUAUGUGAAGCAGUUACCUGAAUCUGGUUCUCUUUGCUUGCUGAUCUUCCAAACAUUCACUCAUUUCUCAUUUAAAUGCUAUUUGAAGGGGUGGAGGAUUUAUAUCAUUGGAUAAUCUCAUAUUUUUGCUAAGGAGUAUCCGGAAUCAUUUCAGAGAUUGUUGCACAAGAAAGAUGGAAACAGAGCUGAGUGGGAGUAUCCAUUUGCAGUAGCUGGUAUCAACAUUUCUUUUAUGCUGGUUCAGAUGUUGGAUCUUCAAUCGGAUGAUGGAUGCUCAAUGGCUUACAAAACGGGCUUCAUAUAUGGAAUUCAAUGUAAAGCACAACAAGCUAUCAUGUUCAUUCCCUGUGUUUAUUUCCUAAUCAAACCUUAAGUUAUGA